UGGGCCUGCGCACGCUGGUGUCAGAGGUCGCGGCGGCGUACGCUGUGGCGGGAAACGCUGUUUGAAGCAGGUGAAACCAAGUCGCCACGGUGGUCCGGACCGGCGCCCUCUGCUUCUCUAGCUGAAACGCCAGAGUCAGCUGCGGAGCAGGAACAGUCUGGAAGUCCGGAAAGAGCCGGGCAGGAGAGCCACUGGCAAGUGAAAAGGCCCUGAGCAGGAUGGAUGGCAAGCGGCGGCAAGGCCUGGGACCCGAGGUGCCCCCGAAGAAGGCACGAGGGGGCCUCUGGGACAUGGAUGAGCCCCCGCCAUCCCAGUUUGAGGAGGACUUGGCGCUGCUGGAGGAGAUGGAGGCGGAGCACAGGCUGCGGGAGCAGGAGGAAGAGCAGCUGCAGCAGGCCCUGGAGGGCACCCCAGAUGGCCAGUCCCCCUCGACAGCUGUGGAUCCCCGCUGGCUACGGCCCUCCCCACCCCCACUGGACCCCGAGACAGAGCCCCUCAUCUUCCAGCAGCUGGAAAUCGACCAUUAUGUGGGUCCAGCACGACCCCUGCCAGGGGGACCCCCACCCUCCCGUGGCUCUGUGCCUGUGCUCCGUGCCUUUGGGGUCACCGAUGAGGGCGUGUCUGUGUGCUGCCAUAUCCAUGGCUUCGCACCCUACUUCUAUACCCCUGCACCUCCUGGUUUUGGCACUGAGCAUCUGAGUGAGCUGCAGCGAGAGCUGAGUGCAGCCAUCAGCCGGGACCAGCGCGGGGGCGCGCAGCUCACCGGGCCCCCCGUGCUGGCCGUGGAGCUGUGCUCCCGGGAGAGCAUGUUCGGGUACCACGGACACGGCCCCUCCCCAUUCCUGCGCAUCACCCUGGCCCUGCCCCGCCUCGUGGCACCUGCCCGCCGCCUCCUGGAGCAGGGCGUCCGCGUGCCAGGCCUGGGCACCCCCAGCUUUGCGCCCUAUGAGGCCAACGUGGACUUUGAGAUUCGGUUCAUGGUAGACACAUACAUUGUCGGCUGCAACUGGCUGGAGCUCCCACCUGGGAAGUACUUCCUGCGGCCUACCGAGAAGGCCACCUUGUGUCAGCUAGAAGCCGAUGUGCUGUGGACAGAUGUGGUGAGCCAUCCCCCCGAGGGGCCAUGGCAGCGCCUCGCGCCCCUGCGCGUGCUCAGCUUUGACAUCGAAUGUGCGGGCCGCAAAGGCAUCUUCCCUGAGCCUGAGCGGGACCCUGUGAUCCAGAUCUGCUCCCUGGGCCUGCGCUGGGGUGAGGCGGAGCCCUUCCUUCGCCUGGCGCUCACCCUGCGGCCCUGCGCCCCCAUCCUGGGUGCCAAGGUGCAGAGCUAUGAGCGCGAAGAGGACCUGCUGCAGGCCUGGGCCACCUUCGUCCGCAACAUGGACCCCGAUGUUAUCACGGGCUACAACAUUCAGAACUUCGACCUCCCCUACCUCAUCUCAAGGGCCCAGACCCUCAAGGUGCAGUCCUUCUCCUUGCUGGGCCGCGUGGCUGGCCUCCGCUCCAACAUCCGGGACUCCUCAUUCCAGUCAAGGCAGAUGGGCAGGCGGGACAGCAAGGUGGUCAGCAUGGUGGGCCGCGUGCAGAUGGACAUGCUGCAGGUGCUGCUCCGGGAGUACAAGCUGCGUUCCUACACACUCAAUGCCGUGAGCUUCCACUUUCUGGGUGAGCAGAAGGAAGACGUGCAGCACAGUAUCAUCACUGACCUACAGAAUGGGAACGAGCAGACACGCCGGCGGCUGGCCGUGUACUGCCUGAAGGACGCCUUCCUGCCGCUGCGGCUGCUCGAGCGGCUCAUGGUGCUGGUGAAUGCUGUGGAGAUGGCGCGCGUCACCGGCGUGCCCCUGGGCUACCUGCUCACCCGGGGCCAGCAGGUCAAGGUCGUGUCCCAGCUGCUGCGGCAGGCGCGGUGUCAGGGGCUGCUGAUGCCCGUGGUGAAGACGGAGGGCGGCGAGGACUACACGGGGGCCACCGUCAUCGAACCCCUCAAAGGGUACUACGACGUGCCCAUCGCCACGCUGGACUUCUCCUCGCUGUACCCAUCCAUCAUGAUGGCCCACAACCUGUGCUACACCACACUCCUGCGGCCCGGGGCUGCACAGAAGCUUGGCCUGGCUGCAGACCAGUUCAUCAGGACGCCCACCGGGGAUGAGUUCGUGAAGGCAUCUGUGCGGAAGGGGCUGUUGCCCCAGAUCCUCGAGAACCUGCUCAGCGCCCGCAAGAGGGCCAAGGCUGAGUUGGCUCAGGAGACAGAUCCACUGCGCCGGCAGGUCCUGGACGGGCGGCAGCUGGCACUGAAAGUGAGCGCCAACUCCGUGUACGGCUUCACCGGGGCCCAGGUGGGCAAGUUGCCAUGCCUGGAGAUCUCACAGAGCGUCACCGGCUUCGGACGGCAGAUGAUUGAGAAGACCAAGCAGCUGGUGGAGUCCAAGUACACCACGGACAACGGCUACAGCGCCAAUGCCAAGGUGGUGUACGGUGACACGGACUCAGUCAUGUGCCGGUUCGGCGUGUCCUCAGUGGCAGAGGCCAUGGCCCUGGGGCGUGAGGCUGCUGACUGGGUAUCCGGUCACUUCCCAUCCCCCAUCCGGCUGGAGUUUGAGAAGGUCUAUUUCCCCUACCUGCUCAUCAGCAAGAAGCGCUAUGCAGGUCUGCUCUUCUCCUCGCGCCCCGACGCCCACGACCGCAUGGACUGCAAGGGCCUGGAGGCUGUGCGCAGGGACAACUGCCCCCUGGUGGCCAACCUCGUCACUGCCUCCCUGCGCCGCCUGCUCGUGGACAGAGACCCUGAGGGUGCCGUAGCCCAUGCCAAGGACGUCAUCUCGGACCUGCUGUGCAACCGCAUCGACAUCUCACAGCUGGUCAUCACCAAGGAGCUGACCCGUGCUACGGCAGACUAUGCGGGAAAGCAGGCCCAUGUGGAGCUGGCUGAGAGGAUGAGGAAGCGCGACCCCGGGAGCGCGCCCAGCCUGGGGGACCGUGUCCCCUACGUCAUCAUCGGUGCAGCCAAGGGCGUGGCCGCCUACAUGAAGUCUGAGGACCCCCUGUUCGUGCUGGAGCACAGCCUGCCCAUCGACACGCAGUACUACCUGGAGCAGCAGCUGGCCAAGCCGCUCACACGCAUCUUCGAGCCCAUCCUGGGCGAGGGCCGCGCCGAGGCCGUGCUGCUGCGGGGCGACCACACACGCUGCAAGACGGUGCUCACCGGCAAGGUGGGCGGCCUCCUGGCCUUCGCCACGCGGCGGGUUUGCUGCAUCGGCUGCCGCACGGUGCUCAGCCAUCAGGGAGCUGUGUGCAAGUUUUGCCAGCCCCGAGAGUCAGAGCUGUAUCAGAAGGAGGUGUCACACCUGAAUGCCCUGGAGGAGCGCUUUUCCCGUCUCUGGACGCAGUGCCAGCGCUGCCAGGGCAGCCUGCACGAGGACGUCAUCUGCACCAGCCGGGACUGCCCCAUCUUCUACAUGCGCAAGAAGGUGCGCAAGGACCUGGAGGAGCAGGAGCAGCUGCUGCGCCGCUUCGGGCCGCCGGGGCCUGAGGCCUGGUGACCCACUGCUGCUCGGGCCCGGGGAAUAAAGCUCAUACCUCUCGCUA